CGUCAAUUCCUAUCAUCGGCCUCGACGAUGCUACGCUCGACGUGCAAGGCGAUCUCGACGCGUGUGCUGGCGCGCGCGCCGACGUCCUACCUCCGAAGCUCCAUGGCGGCUGCGGCGCUCUUGACGGCGGGUACCGCCAUGACGGCGCUUAGCGAAGAGGCGCCGGCCGAAGCGCCCAAGAAGAAGUCCAAGACGCGCUGGCACACGCGCCAGAAGUACGAGGACGGCGACAAGCAAGCGCAGCUCAUGAACGAGAGCUUGACGCGCUACAAGCAGGACCUCGCGGCCUUUGACAGCAUCGAGACGCGCUUUGACGUUUUCGCCAAGGCCGUCAACAAGGACAAGAAGGACGGCUGGCAAAAGGUCAUGACCUUUACCGACUUCGUGCACUCGUUGGUGCUGCCACGCUUCCGCACGGCCGAGCCGCCGUCGACGGCCUCGUACACAUGCGAGUUUACGGGCGAUGUGAACGGACUCAUUUCGUACGAGGAGUGCCAUCUCCUCGUGCAUUUGCUCCAGAUCCCCGUUGAACACUUUGAUGUGGCCUUUCACAUGUUUGACCUCGAUGGCAACGGGACGGUCGACAAGGCCGAGUUUCUCGAAGUGCUCUCGAGUGUCCUCAACAACAUCAAGGACACGCGCACGGAUCCGUCCAAGCCCACGGAAGUCCACGUCGAAGCGUCGUUUCGGCUGCUGCAGCACUUUUUCGGCAAGCAUGGCAAGAAGAAGAUCACGGCCAAAGAGUUCAUUGCGGUCAUUACGUCGCUCAAGGAACACCUCUUGCGCGCCGAGUUUGACUUGUAUGCGGCCGAGCGCAACGGCGUCAAGUCGAUCUCGGUCCACGACUUUGCCGUCACGCUCAUCUCGUGCCUGGACCCAAAGCACCUCCCGAGCCUCCUCCCGCGCCUCCAGCUCUUGGCCGCGAGCGAUGAGCGCGUGAGCUGGCACGAGUUCGUGCUCUUUCACAGCGUGAUCCAGAACCACCUCGAAGGCAUCAAGCUCGCGUUUGAGCUGCGUCCGGAAGAUGAAGUCAACGAAGAGGACUUCAUCAAGGCCGCGUACAUUGUGAGCGGCGUGCGCUUGCCCGAGCACAUCAUGGCCAUGGUCUUCCGCAUCUUUGACGCCAACGGCAAUGGCACGCUCGACGAAGACGAGCUCCUCAAGAUCCUCGCGACGCGCAACCAAGCGGCGCUGCACAAGACGGCGCCGCUCUCGCGCCCGGCCAAGUUUUGGGCCUGCCUCCACGACGCCUAAGCAGCCUCUCGAUGCUAGCCUUGCUAUUACGAACCAGUGUGUGGUCAGCGCGUGAUAGUGGCAGAGCUAAUCCCUACGUUCGCCAG